AUGAAACGGAAAUUGGGUGCCGGAUCCGGUUUUAAAGGUGCUGUUAAAGCCGCUAAAAACGUUUCAAAGAAAAACGUUGGUGAAAAAAAUGUCAGCACGUUAACCAGAAAAUGUAUUGCAGCAUCGAGAAAGGUAUUCAAGAAAAAUAAAAAUAAUAACCAAACGCCUCGAGUGAUACCUAUACCCAAAACUGGAGGUAUGCUACCGCUUAUACCUAUUUUCGCCGGAUUGUAG